UGUUAUUACUCUUUCACAUAGACAAUGACACUUUGAAAUGAACUCACUCGUCAGUUCCAAUUGGAGCUCUCCAAUUGUGGGACCAACGGUUUUCGUUGCUGUUAUUCGCAAUCCAGCGGUUGUCGUGAUCGGAAGCCCUCAAAUCGGAAUUAAUUCUUCUCGAAAACGCGUUCAUUUUUUAAACAGUAGUGGAGUGCAAAGCAAAUACGAAAACAUUUCAUAGUUGUGUGCGUGCAUAAAGGAUAACCAUGUUGCCCAUUCGUUGGGCUUUCGUCGGCAUCACGCUGUUGAUUGCAGCUACAAAUGGAGCAACCAUAGCGUCAUUAGAUGGAAACGUGGCGGAAUCGAAUUAUGAAGUUGACAAUGAUCAACUUGAAUUAGAUAGAUCUAAGAGAAGCGGAAGAGGCUAUAUGCGUGGACAGACCCAAUCGCAGUAUCUGAAUUUUGGAAAACCAGAACAGGACGGAAAAGCUGAAGCAGAGGCUAAUGAACACGGUUCUAGAACAACAGUUUCUGGAAGCCAUGGUAUGGGACAAGCGCAGAGUCAAUUCUCAAUGGGAGAUUGUGGUGAUUGUGCAUCAAGCCCCACCUAUGAAUAUCCCGCAGGUUCUCCCGAUCCCCUCACUUAUAUUGGCGGUGGUGGUAGACCAGACGCAUUAAGAAGGUAUCCAGACAAUGCGGGUACUGCUACCAUUGGUGGUCCUGGAGCAGCUGGCACAUUAAGGCCAGGUGGUGUUACGGCUCCUGGCGGAUUACAGCCUAGUGGCCCUGGAGAACUCACUGCACGUCCUGGUGCUGGAUUACAACCCGGCGCCGGUUAUGGUGUUGGUACAGUUGGUCAACCCAUUGCACCUGGAGGUGUAGGUGGUAUCGGGCGACAACCGGGCCCUAUUUAUGGUGGAGGUGCUGGUGGGCAACCCAUUGGACCUGGCGGUGGUGCUGGUACUGGGCGACUACCUGGUGGCGGGUAUGGAACUGGUGUUAGUCCUGCCCCUUCAAGACCUAGUGCUAGGCCCGGAGCAUCUUAUGGACCUGGUAUCGGCCAACCAAUCGGAACGGGUGGUGUAGGAACUGGUGGAGGACCUCAACUUGGCGGUGUGAGACCAGGUGAAUUACAACCACAACCUGGAGCAAUUUAUGGACAACCAGGCGGUGUACAGCCAGGUGGCGCCUUAAGACCUGGCAGUGGAUAUGGUAUUGGCCAAAUCGGUGGAGUUGGAGGAGGUCUCAGACCUGGUGACAGUAGUGUUGUACAAGGUGGUCUUGGUCGUCAGCAAAUUGGUGCUGAAGGUGCAGGGUCACUAUCGGGUGGUGGUUUAAGACCAGGUUCAUCUGUACAACCAGGCGGUGCGUAUACUCCUGGUGCAAGUCAACCCGGUGCUGGAGCUGGCGGAUUAGCAGUUGAUCAAAGACCAGGAGCACUCAUAAAACCCGGUCAGCCCAGUGGAUUAUAUGGUCCACAACCUGGUCGUCAACCCGCUGGAGGUGUAGCCAGUGGUGGUGCAGCCCCUAGUGGUAUUUAUGGUGCCAGGCCUAGUGGUGGUAUCCAACAAGGUGUAGAUUUAGGCUCAGGUCAAACUUAUCAGCCUGGUUUUGGUCCUGAUGCGGGGUCAAGACCACACGGUGGUGUUAGGCCUGGGUUAGGAUACGAUGGUGUGUAUGGCACUGGUUAUGCACCAGGAGCAGGAGGUAUUGGUACGACACGAGGUGUUCAAAAUGGCGGCAGACCUCAACCAAGCGAUGUGCAAGCUCCAGGAGUUGGAGGUGGUGUUAUACCUGGCUCUCACAUCUACGGAGUUGGUACGGGAGGCCAGCCAAUUGGACCAGAUGUAGGAACACACCCCACUGGAACUUAUUGGCAAUCUGGAGGUGGAGUAUCUGGCGCUCCCUCCGGUCCUAGUGGUGGCAUUCCUUCAGGAGCUUUGUACAGACCGGGAGAUGUCGUUAGCGGUCAACCCGGUGCAGGUUAUCAACCCGGUACAGGUUAUAAACCUGGUGCAGGUUAUCAACCAGGGGCAGGUUAUCAACCAGGAGCAGGUGUGCAACCGGGAAGAGGUUAUCAACCAGGAGCAGGUUUGCACCCAGGAACAGGUUAUCAGCAAGGUGAAGGUUUGCACCCAGGAGCUGGAGUACAAUCGGGAACAGGCGUACAACCAGGUGUAGGUUAUCAGCCCGGAGCAGGCUAUCAACCAGGAGCUGGUUUACAGCCAGGAGCAGGUUUACAACCAGGAACAGGUUAUCAGCCAGGAGCAGGUUAUCAACCAGAAGCAGGUGCACAACCCGGGGCAGGUUUGCUCCCAGGAGCUGGUGUGCAUCCUGGAGCAGGCGUACAACCCGGAGCAGGUUUACAACCAGGAACACGUUUUCAAUCAGGAGCAGGUUUACAACCAGGAGCAGGUUUGCAACCCGGAGCUGGAGUGCAACCAGGUGUAAGUUAUCAGCCAGGAGCAGGUUAUCAACCAGAAGCAGGUGCACAACCCGGGGCAGGUUUGCUCCCAGGAGCUGGUGUGCAUCCUGGAGCAGGUGUACAACCCGGAGCAGGUUUACAACCAGGAACAGGUUAUCAACCAGGAGCAGGUUUACAGCCCGGUGCAGGUUUACAACCCGGUGCUGGUGUGCAACCAGGAGCAGGUGUUCAACCAGGUGUAGGUUAUCAACCAGGAGCAGGUUAUCAACCAGGAGCAGGUUUACAACCAGGAGCAGGUUUGCAACCCGGAGCUGGUGUGCAACCAGGUGUAAGUUAUCAGCCAGGAGCAGGUUAUCAACCAGGAGCAGGCUUACAACCCGGAGCUGGUGUGCAACCCGGAGCAGGUGUUCAACCAGGUGUAGGUUAUCAACCAGGAGCAGGUUAUCAACCAGGAGCAGGUUUACAGCCCGGUGCAGGUAUACAACCCGGUGCUGGUGUGCAUCCAGGAGCAGGUGUGCAACCAGGUGUAGGUUAUCAACCAGGUGCAGGUGUGCAACCAGGAGCAGGUUUACAGCCCAGUGCAGGCUUGCAACCAGGAGCAGGUGUGCAACCAGGAACGGGAUAUCGACCAGGAACAGGUUUACAACCGGGAGCAGGAUACCAACCAGGAUCAGGUUAUCAACCGAUUGGAGUACAACAAGAAGUAGGUUAUCAACCUGGUGCGGGAUACCAACCAAGUGGUGAUGGUUUUGGUGUACAACAAGGUGAUGUUUAUGGAUCUGGCGCUUUACCCGGCAGCGGAGCUUUUGGGCCCAUUGGAGGUGCAGAAACUGGAGUCACUGGUGUCGGUGGAGUUGGUGGUGUGUCAGCAGAACCAGGUGCUUUAGUAUAUCCUGGCGCAGGGGGAUUGGGUGAGUAUAAAGAGGAAGGACCUAGCAACUUAAUAACAGCAAGUGGUGCAGGAGGUGCAGAUGAUGCAUUCUCACAAGCUGAGUCCUCCAUUACCGAAGGCCAAGCAGCUGCCAGUGCACAAGGCAAAAAGAAUGGCGGUACUGCCAAAACUCAGGUAUCAGGAACAUAUAGUUCCACUGGAACAUUCAGCGCCAGUGCUUCAACUUCGGAUAGCGACCGUUCAGCUAACGCCCAAGUGAGCGGAAAUAGUGAUGGAGCAAUGAGUCAGUCUCAAGGACAAGGCGGUGCAGCACAAUCGCAAGCCCAAGUUCAAGUCAAUUCUAAAGAUGGAGGCACUAAAGCUUCCUCACAGAGCGGUGGUAUAAUCCAUCAAAGUCAGAGCGAGGUACAAGCUAACGACAAAGGAGGUUUGGCCGAUUCACAGUCCAGUGGACCUGGACAAACGUCAUCCCAGGCUCAAAUUGGCUUCCGACCCAAUCAAGAUGGUAGCGCUUUACCACCAACAACCGGUGGUGGUCAAGCGUCUGCUCAAUCUGGCAGCCAUUCAGGACAGAGUCAAUCGCAGAUUCAGGGCACAUCUAAAUUCGGUGUUUCAUAUCACGGUGCAGCCCAAUCUGCAUCCGGUACUAAAGAACAAGUGGCCAGCUACCGUGAACAAAAUCGCGAACUAUUUCACAGUAUAAGCCAAUUCGGAAAUACCGAUGCUGUAACUGAUCGUGUAGACACCGUAUAUAGUGGACCUAGUGGAACAGCAUUGACAGCUGAGGGCAACGCUUUACCAGAUCUUGAGUUGAAGUCUUCGAAGAGUGUUAAAGAAAUCGUGAACGCCAACAAGGUUACGGACGAAGAUUCUACUUUAAACGAAGAUGAAGAAGAGGAACCAUACGAUGAAUACGAUGAUGAAGAUGAAUACUACAAUGAGAAUUCCUCGAAACUGGAGAGUCACACCGAUAGCAAACCCGAAACACAAUCACCAUAUCGAACCUAUAAACAAAAUUCACCAACACAGAGUCAACAGGCUGCCGUACCCAAUUCACCAGAUAAAUAUCUAUUGGUACAAAAUCAAGAUGGACGUGUACAGAAAUAUCCCUUCCGAUCGACCACAGAAAUGGUGCCACGCGGCUUCCGCGGCACCGUUAAUGUAGAGAAAAAAUUCCACACCAAGGCAGUGAAGUCGCAACCCACCGACAAUGAUUUGGAUAGCGCUGAGGAGCAGACCGCAACUAAACAUCGCACACCGGAUAGUUAUGUAACCGUGACCAAAUCGAUUACUGGCAGUAUGGACAAUUCUAAGAAUCCACCACAGGAAAAUAAAAACUUCCAAUCGACUUACUACACCAAGUCGUCUACUUGUGGCUACUUCACAUUUUCCUGCAACAUCGUGUACGGUGCAAAUGGUCGCAGUAAAAUCUGCCGGCCGAAGGCACCAACCAAUGGAAAAUGUUAGAUUUUUACAAAAAAUCGACCUUUUUUUCAUAUCAGUAAUAACUUAGUUGUUAAAAUAAGCCGUAGCUUAACUCGAAUGUAUUCUUAAAAGCCUAACAAAUUGUAAUAUUUAAACUUACUUAAGAGAGUUAAUUGUUUUCCACACAAAGCAUGAAAUGGCAACUUGCGCAUAUGCCUCAAGCCACCCACAUCGUAACUAAUAGGAUAUUUUUCAAACUUACUAAUUAUAAUGCACUGCCACAGAAAGACCCGAUAAAGAGGAAUGCUCAAAUGCUUAUUGCUAUUUUUUAAUAAAUGUAAUUGUUAUUUUUUAACACACAA